AUGCAGCUGGUCCGGUGGCAUGGAACGAGUGUUUACACGGUAGUGGUGCUAGCUAAAUUUGUCUGGCAUCCGGCCUUUUCUUCUUCGUCGGGAUUGGGAAGGACCAUGGCUGGCGGCUUUAGAGUGCUGCAUCUUGUGAGGCCCUUUCUGGGUUUCUUACCGGAAGUACAGAGUGCUGAUAGGAGAAUUCCAUUCAGAGAGAAACUCAUCUACACCGUUAUUUCCCUCUUCAUUUUCCUAGUGUGCAGCCAGCUCCCGCUCUAUGGCAUCCAUUCAACUACUGGAGCUGACCCUUUCUACUGGUUGCGUGCUAUUCUUGCAUCAAACCGUGGUACUGUUAUGGAGCUGGGUAUCACUCCAAUUGUGACAUCUGGAAUGGUGAUGCAACUUCUGGUAGGAUCAAAGAUCAUUGAAGUUGACAACAGUGUGAGAGAGGAUCGUGCACUUCUGAAUGGUGCACAAAAGUUGCUUGGUAUCCUGAUUGCUAUUGGAGAAGCUGUGGCAUAUGUCUUGUCUGGAAUGUAUGGCAGUGUAAGCCAACUAGGAACAGGGAAUGCUAUUCUCAUUAUACUUCAGCUUUUCUUUGCUGGCAUCAUUGUCAUCUGUCUGGAUGAACUUCUCCAGAAAGGAUAUGGUUUGGGUUCUGGCAUUUCUCUAUUCAUCGCUACCAACAUCUGUGAGAAUAUCAUCUGGAAGGCGUUUAGCCCCACAACCAUCAACAGCGGACGUGGUGCUGAAUUUGAAGGGGCUGUCAUUGGAUUGUUCCAUCUGUUGAUUACCAGAACUGACAAAGUCCGUGCCCUACGUGAGGCUUUCUACCGCCAGAAUCUUCCAAACGUGACCAACUUACUUGCUACUGUCCUGGUCUUCCUCAUUGUUAUCUAUUUCCAAGGCUUCCGUGUUGUGCUUCCAGUGAGAUCAAGGAAUGCCCGUGGGCAGCAGGGUUCAUAUCCAAUUAAACUGUUUUACACAUCGAAUAUGCCCAUCAUCCUGCACUCUGCGCUGAUUACCAACCUCUACUUUAUAUCUCAGCUUCUUUACAAGAAGUUCAGUGGCAACUUCCUGGUUAACCUUCUCGGUAUAUGGAAGGAAUCUGAGUAUUCAGGCCAUUCUAUUCCCGUUGGUGGUCUUGCAUACUAUGUAACUGCCCCAUCAAGUUUGGCUGAUGUUGUCGCAAAUCCAUUCCAUGCGCUGUUCUAUGUGGUCUUCAUGCUGUCAGCUUGCGCUCUCUUCUCAAAGACAUGGAUCGAAGUUUCUGGUUCAUCGGCGAGGGAUGUUGCUAGGCAGCUCAAGGAACAACAAAUGGUGAUGCCAGGCCAUCGCGAGUCAAACUUGGAGAGGGAGUUGAACAGAUACAUCCCCACUGCUGCUGCAUUUGGAGGAGUGUGCAUUGGCGCGUUGACAGUCCUAGCUGAUUUCAUGGGUGCAAUCGGUUCAGGAACCGGUAUACUGCUCGCUGUCACCAUCAUAUACCAAUACUUCGAGACUUUCGAGAAGGAAAGGGCGACCGAGCUUGGUUUCUUCGGCUUCUGA